AUGGCAGAAGUGGCCGGCAGCAAGCCCCGGCUCCCCGAGGAGAUCGUUCUCUGGGAGAUCCUGACGCGCCUUCCAUCCAAGCCCCUCCUCCGGUGUCGCGCUGUCUGCCGCUCCUGGCGCCGGCUCCUCACCUCCGACGAGGCCUUCCUCCUCGCCCACCACCGCCGGCAGCCCGCGCUCCAGCUCGUCACCAUCGGGGAAGCCCAGGAGCGCAGGGUAGACGUUCUCAACCACCGGGCCGGCGAGCGGCGCCCCGUCGUCCGGACGGACCUGCUCAGGGGCAUCGAUGACGACCUCUGUCUGCUCGCCGCCUGCGACGGCCUUCUCGUCGUCUUCGCCUACGGGGCCUACCACAUCUGCAACCCGGCCACUCGGCAGCGCGCUCCCCUUCCGCUCCUCCGCGGUGCCUUCGUAUGCGGCCUCUACCCACACCGCCCGUCCAGGUCCUACCGGGUGUUGUGCUGCAAGGGACGCGCCGUCUACUACGUGCACACCGUGGGAUCCACUGAGCUCAGGUGCGUCGGCGAGCCUCCCGAGCAAUGGGCGACCCGUGACAUCUCGCUCAUGUCUGGGUACUGUUACCCGCCAAUCCUCGUACAGGGCAGGCUCCACUGGCGUCCCGUGGCGUUGCUCGGCACCAAGUGCGACAACAUGCUGGUUUUCGACACCAUGGCUGAGUCCUUCCGGAGUGUCCGGACACCCGUCGAGGGCCCCUGCGCCGAUCCCUUUGAGAUGAAGGGGGAGCUUGGAUUGUACAACCGCCACGGCCAAAUGGUUGAUCUAUGGGUGCUGGAGGACCACGAGAACAACCUGUGGUCGUUCAAGCACCGCAUCAAGUUGGAGAGGCCAAUUCUUUUCCUGGUGCCGGAUGCGCAAGGAGAUGUGUUCGUUAUUUCUAUGGAAAGUGGGGGCAUUGGUUGGCAUCAGUGCCUGAAACACUUGUCUGGCAGUGUGGAGACACGGCAUAAAUGGAGCAUGCCUCUCAACCUGACGAGGCAUAGGCUCAAAGAAAGCCUUAUCCGGCAUGACUUCUUCCUCCCGGAGGAAAGUAAUGGUGGUGUGGAUGAAACACCGUUGUUCCAGGGGUUGUCAACUGCGGCGGUGCUUCCUGAUGAUACUUCUCACUAG